AUGACAAAGCCCAAGAAAGUCCUGGCAGAGAUGUUAUUGGAAAUAAUUGACACUCUGUCUAAUAAUAUUUUGGACCUCUUGAGUCAACCAGAGUGCCCCCUGGUGUCACAGGAAGACAUCAGCAGAGCUCUGGAGCCCUGUCUGACGGAUAUCUUUGAUUUCCUAUUGAGCACCUCACACGACGCGUGUGCUCCGCUCUUCAAGGCCUUGAGCGCAGUAGUGUGUAGCAGUGUCAACGCUGGGCAGAGCCACAGUGAAAUACAGCCCAAAACCUCAUACGUGCCCCCCAAAGAACAUCUGGUCAAAAUGAUGCACUUGAUCAAACCCCUUUUACGUUUCGCCAGAGAUCAGGAAUGUCGGAAACAUUACUCGGAGCCUCUGCCUGAUGUCGCACAGCAGACCAAUGCUGUGCGCCAUCACAGCACAGACUUUAGCACACGUGGUCCUCAAGUGUCGGAGGAAAGUGAAUGCUCGGAUUCUGAGAAUGAAACCAGAUCUACAGAGAUGAAAGUCAGCUCUGACACCAGGAAAGUGACUCCACCAAUGGCGUCCAAAAACACCAUAAUACAAAUUCAAUACAUCGCUGAAGAGGCUGCUACGGAAAUGUUGCUCAAGGGCCAGGAGAACAAGUCUAAGGAGCUGCUGAGACCACUAUGUAAGGACCAGGAAGCCGCUUCACAGGUGGAAAUCCAAUGGAACGACCAGCAUUGGUCUUACCUGCUGCUAGAAGUGUGCUUUCGGGUGUUGGCUACCUCAGAGGAAAUGAAUAUAGAGCAACUCUUCCAGCUUCUCUUGAAGUAUGUGGAGCAACACAAAUCUGAAUGUAUUGUUCGGGUCAAACCUGAUCUGCAUCACAUCAGAGAAGCAGCUAAUGCGAUACACCAAGCUGUGAUUGCAAACCUUGGGGAGUGGAUGCUAUUCACAAUCAUGGUGGAACCUGAGUUCAGCGCCGCCAUCAUCACAGACUGCAUCCUGAAAAGGGUAAGCAUGCCACAACAAAUAGGCUUUAUCCAGGAAAGAGCCUCAUUGGAGUCUUUUGAUGAGACCAACACAUCUCUAAAAUCAGAGACAGCACACAAGACACCAGACAUGGUGUACAGGGCGUGGUUGGACUAUAAAGCGAGAAAGAAAGCCCCCUCUGUCUAA